GGGUAUAGCAGGGAGAGAGCUGUUUCUACCCCCUCAGAUGCCGACUGUCCUGCUGAGAACUCACGACAUUUUCUGUUAUUGUUUUAUAUUCACCAAGCAGUUCCUGGGAACUCCUGCACUGGUUUAAUGAGUUCUUGCCCGAGGUUAGCCAAUGGGAACACGUCCGAACACGGGGGAGGAAGUUCAGCAGGUAUUGGUUUGUUGAGAACGUUUCCUAAAAGAGAAAUCUGACGGCCAUCGCAUGAAGUGUGGAGAGGGGGAGGAGUCAGGCCAGCAAUAUUCCCCCAGAGGGGUGGAACAUCGCCUCAUCCUCACAGCCGUCCAGACCGCGUAAAGGGCUUCAAGGCUUCGUACCUAACUCCAAUUACUCUUUGAAAUUUUGGGGCUGGGCAUCGGAUCUGAGAUCCACCGGGAAGACGAGAGGAACCUGCCUGCAUCGUGAGGAACUCGGGGGUCGGGAGGUUGUUUAUUCGUUGGGUGCUACAGGAUGACGUUUUCGUUCAUUUCCGUCUGCGUGCUGGCGCCCUUUCUGGCUGCUGUCUUUGCGCACGUGCACGAUCCUGUGUUGGAUGAGGCCUGGCUCAACUGGAAGUCGUUUCACAAGAAGGAGUAUGUGGGGGAUGAAGGCAAUUACAGGAGGACGGUGUGGGAGAAAAACUUGAAAUUAAUCGAGCUCCACAACCUGGAAUAUUCCAUGGGAAAGCACUCAUUUCAGAUGGGAAUGAAUCACUUUGGGGACCUUACAGCCGAGGAGUUCAGUGAACUUUGGAAACAAUUCCGCACAUUUGAAAUGAAGAACUCAUCUGGGAAAGAGCCGGCUUCAGGUGGACCCAAACUUUUCAAACUCCCUCAGAGUGUUGACUGGAGGACCAAAGGUUAUGUGACAAAAGUAAAAAAUCAGGGUCACUGUGGUUCGUGCUGGGCUUUCAGUGCUGUCGGUUCCCUUGAAGGACAAACAUUCAGGAAGACAGGAAAACUCAUCUCGUUGAGCGAGCAGAACUUGGUUGAUUGCUCCAACUCCGAAGGGAACCAUGGAUGCAAAGGUGGACUGAUGCACUUGGCAUUCAAUUACGUACAAUCUAACAAUGGGAUUGACACUGAGGAAUCUUAUCCAUAUACUGCUCAUGAAGGCACCUGUAAAUAUAAUACCGAAUGGCGUGGGACUACUUGCUCUGGUUAUAGGUUUUUAAGCCAUGGUAACGAGACCGCACUGGCAGAGGCUGUGGCCACAGUUGGACCAAUUUCCGUUGCUAUUGAUGCAAAACAUUCAUCAUUCCAGUUUUAUCGAUCAGGUGUUUACUAUGAGCCCAAUUGCAAUAGUUUUACGUUUAACCAUGGAGUCCUAGUAGUGGGAUACGGAAGCGAAAAUGGAGAGAACUAUUGGAUUGUUAAAAACAGCUUUGGCAUCUGGUGGGGAGACCAUGGGUACAUCAAGAUGGCCAAGGACAGGAACAACAACUGUGCUAUUGCUAACUAUGCAGUUUAUCCUCUGGUUUAGGACAGAGGGAUUAUCAUCUUUGCAAAACAACACAUAUAGGACCUUCUGCAACAUUAAAUGCUUCUGCCUAAUGGUGUUUGGAUGUUCGUUUAUUACCGUGAAUCAUGAGUAAAUUCUAAUUUCCAGCACAUAGGCUCUGAAUUAUCCUUUGUCAUUGCAUUUGAAUUAUUUGUUUCAGUUUUGGUGUAACUCAUAUUAAGCCCAUCAUUAGUUAUGAUAUUAAUUAUUGACAGGCCGAGAACCAAAUGACAUUAAAUACUGUUAUAUGAUAAUUCUACCUUGGACACCAUUCUACCUAAUCUGUGAUGAAAAAAGUGCAUCAGGUGCCAUUUUGAUUUUAACAUUGACUUUGGGUUUUACAUUGCCAACACUAUUCCCAGACACAUUGGAGAUGUCAGGUUAUCCAACCAUCCACAAAGUCCACUGGGCACACUGUUGUUAGUAACUGAGAUAAUUUUAUCUGCAUAGUUGUCAGGAGCUACCCGUCACUCACUGCAGGUUUGUGGAGAAAUUAUCCUGCUUUUCUUGGAAAAUAUUGCAAUUUUUUUUGCUUUUAUUUCUGUUUUCUCUAAUUUUUAACUCGACCAGCUUCUUAGUAUAAAAUAUCUGGGGUGACUGUGAAAUUAUCUGCUUUCUGUGAACACAUUUGAAAAACUUGGCCUAUCUUCAACUCCGUGGCUGACACUAAUUGGUCCGUAUUCAACCCCUUGUGUUCAUUGACGGAAUUUACCUCUCCUCCUGUGUAGCUACCUUCGAUGAACUGUGUAUGUACAGAGGAUUAAAAUGGGUUAUUUGUCAAAUACUUUCGAACCAAAGUGCUUAGCUUGGGAUAAGGUAAUGCAUUUAUCUUAAGAUUCAUGAGAUUCCCCCAAUAUCCUUUACCGGUUUAAAUUUAUUUUUAAAUUGAUUAACUCCUUAUGGGGCUUCACAGUCUGAUGAGAAAUGUUGAGGAGAUUGUCAGUUGUCCAGUCGAGCUCUGUAAAAAAUGUUUAAAAACCUGUGAAUUAGGUCCUUUGUGGGAAAUUUAGUAUUGUAAUGCAACAUGCAGAGUAGCCUGACAGCUGAUUGCCUGCCUACCCCAUUGCUGACUGUGGGAUCUGGUUAUCUAUGAGUUACUUCUGCGCAAAGGUAGUUCUACUUACACAAUUAAUUGAAACCAAUAUAUUUACCGGAUUUUGACAAAACAGCCCAUAGAAAUUCAAGAUUUAUUCAAUUUGUCUUAUUGAAUUUCAGGGUUGUAUAUGGUGACUUAUGUGUAUAUUGAUAAUAAAAUUGACUUUGCACUUGCUACUA